UUUUACUCACAAAUCACAACAGUAUGAGUUUAAAAUUAUAUAUUUAUUUAUUUUUUCCUUGAAAAAAGAUCAUGUAUAUUUUAAAAAAGAAAAAAUCAGAGGCCAUACAUAAAUAAGUAUAUUAACCCGAAAGGAGGCUAACGUGCGCCAGCCUGGUACCGUACUGUUAGCCAUGGCAGCGAGAAACCAGUCUCAGUCUCAGCAUCACAACCAGAUGAAGAAGAAAGUCCCUCUCUUCCCUUUACUCUCCCUUCUCUGCUUCAUCUCCAUCUUCUUCCUCCUCUCUCUCAUUCGGAAGAUCUCCGUUCCUUCGCAAUCUCCUCGUCACCAGCAGCAGAGCUUCCAAUUCCACGACAUCGAUGGGUCCGACCCGGGAACCCAUCCAUCCGGGCCCUGCGACUACUCCGACGGGUCGUGGGUUUAUGACCCGAAUGCCAGACCUUGGAGGUACGACAACACCUGCAAGGAGAUAUUCAAGGGCUGGAACUGCAUCUCCAGCAACAAAUCCAACGCUCGCGAUCUCAUCAAGUGGCGGUGGAAGCCCACGCUGUGUGAUCUCCCACCCUUCGAUGCGGCGUCGUUUCUGCAGAAGUACAGGGACACCAGCAUUGGGUUUGUUGGUGAUUCCUUGAAUAGGAAUAUGUUUGUUUCGCUUUUCUGCUCUCUAAGAACCGUCUCGAAUGAGGUGAAGAAAUGGCGACCGGCAGGAGCUGAUCGUGGGUUUACGUUUCUUCAGUAUAAUCUCACCAUUGCAUAUCAUCGAACUAACCUUUUGGCGCGAUAUGGUAGGUGGUCAGCUAAUACCAAUGGUGGUGAUUUGGAAUCUCUUGGGUAUAAAGAGGGUUAUAGAGUUGAUGUUGACAUCCCAGAAGGCACAUGGGCGGAUGCUCCUAGGUUUCAUGACAUUCUAAUCUUAAACACAGGACACUGGUGGUGGGCUCCCUCAAAAUUUGACCCAGUAAAAUCACCCAUGCUUUUCUUCGAAAAUGGUCAGCCUGUGAUUCCUCCAAUAUCCCCUGAAGUGGGCAUUGAUAUUGUUUUAAAGCACAUGUUAUCAUUUAUUGAGAAGAGAAUGCGCCCUGGUUUGAUCAAAUUCUUUCGUACACAAUCACCUAGACAUUUUGAAGGAGGUGACUGGAACCAAGGUGGUUCUUGUCAACGGUUGGAACCUUUGUCGCCAGAGCAGGUUGAAGAACUCUUCUCGCUGAAGAAUAAUGGAACAAAUAUUGAAGCACGUUUGGUAAAUCAGCACCUAUUCAAGGCUCUUAAGGGGUCUGAUUUUCGUAUUUUGGAUAUUACCCGUAUGAGUGAGUUCAGAGCAGAUGCACAUCCAUCUACAGCUGGAGGGAAGAAGCAUGAUGAUUGUAUGCAUUGGUGCUUACCAGGAAUUACUGAUACUUGGAAUGAGUUGUUCAUAGAGCAUCUAAAUAACAUUAAGGCUCUGAGUUCUCAGAAUCUGCCAUGCAACAUAAACGAUAUUAAGGCAUUACAGGAUUUCAUGACAGGUUUCAAGACUAUGAUCCAUGGGUGGAGCACUAAUUACACUUCUGAUUGCUGUAAAUGGACAGGCAUAACUUGCAGCUUUUCAUCAUCUUUGGGGUUGGACAAUUCUACUGAAACUGCGGGUAGAGUAGUAAAGCUGGAGCUUCCAAAGAAGAAACUAGCAGGUACACUUUCUGAAUCAAUAGGAACUUUAGAUCAGCUUAAAGUCCUUAAUCUUUCUCUCAACUUCCUUCAAGGCUCACUUCCACUGCCACUGUUCCAUUUGCGAAAUUUACAGGUUCUAGACUUGAGCUCUAAUGAUUUUUCUGGCCCUGUUCGUAAUACUAUCUUUUUACCUUCAAUUCAGAUCCUUGGCCUUUCACAAAAUUCCUUAAAAGGGAAUCUUCCUGUCAGUAUCUGUGACCAUGCUUCUACACUCUUGGUGUAAAACUACUUCUCUGGUAAUCUUCCUCCAGGACUUGGAAACUGUGCCAGUUCCUUAGAGAAACUAUCUCUAAACAUGAAUGAUCUCACACGUGGUAUAUCUGAAGGUAUAUUUCAGCUUCAAAAGUUGAUUUUAUUAGACCUACAAGAGAAAAAGUUUUCAGCGCUACUUAGCAAAGGAAUUAGCAACCUCACCAACCUUGUUCAUUUGGAUAUCUCCGCUAACAAGUUGAGUGGAAUCAUUCCCAACUUUGUUAAGUUACAGUUCUUUGUAGCACAUUCAAAUAAUUUCACUGGUUCUAUACCUUCUUCCUUGACAAAUUCCUAUACUCUUACUGUGUUAAACAUAAGAAACAAUUCGUUGGAGGGUUCAGUGGAUCUUAAUUGCUCUGCAAUGGUUAGUUUGACUUCUCUUGAUCUAGGUUCUAAUAGGCUUAGUGCGCCUAUUCUUGAUAAUCUUCCUUCUUGUGGACGUUUGAAUAACAUAAAUCUUGCUCGGAACACGUUGAGAAGCUUGAUACCAGAAAGUUUCAAAAACUUCAAUGUCUCUUACCUCUCUCUUUCAAAAUCUAGCAUCUACGAUCUAUCUUUUUCGCUAAGAAUCUUACAGCACUGUAAGAAUCUUACCUCUUGGGUCCUCCCCGGGAAUUUCCAAAAUGAAGAGCUGUCUGCAGAUUCUACUCUUCAUUUUCACAAGCUCAAGAUUCUUGUUAUCGCAAAUUGUAGAUUAACUGGUUCAAUACCUGUAUGGUUACUUCACAAGCUCUAAGUUCCCUAUGCAUGCUGGCUUGCUUAUGUGGUUAUGAAGGUGAGUCUAUUGAACUAUGAUGCAGUUGAGCUAUUGAUUUCAGUAUCCGCAUAAUCUUGGUGGGUUCAGGGAAAGAAAUUCCCCAAGCUUGAAGCUUCAACUAACUUAGGCUGGCUAAACUUGGGCUUGCUUUCCACCUUCUUCAGAGUCAGUCGACGAUAUGCGGGGGAUGUUCUUGUUUACAUUCAAAACCAGUAAUAUUUCGUCUGUAUAAAACAUGAUUGAUUUUUGCAACCAGUUAUAUGAAUGCAUACAAGCUUUAGCCUGGUCUA